CUCUUGUUUGUUUUCUCCACGCACUUGGCGAUUGAAAUUGGAGAGGUUGCAGAGAGGGGAGUAGAAGAUAAUCAAGAGAGAAAGAAACCCUAGACCAGAUCAGACGCCAUGGCGACAAGAGCCGCUGCAAGGUAUAUUUCUCGAAGGCUCUCAAGUAACGGUAGAGUCCUCAGCGAGGAGGAAAAAGCUGCUGAAAACGUUUACAUUAAGAAAACCGAACAGGAGAAGCUGGAGAAGCUUGCACGCAAGGGCCCUAAACCAGAAGAACCAGCUGCAAGCUCUGGGGGCACAGCUGCUGAUGCCAAACCAAGUGGCCCAACUUCCUCAACACCGGGUGUAUCAACCGACAAGAACCGAAAUUAUGCAGUUCUUGCUGGAGUCAUAACUGCUGUUGGCGCUCUUGGCUGGUACCUCAAAUCAAGUUCCAAGAAGCCAGAAGAAGUCCAGGACUGAGAUUGGGUUGCUUGAUGGGAGGAGCAGUGUCCAAGAGGCUGUCAGUAUUUUUUACAUUGAGCUGAACCCACACUUCCAGGCUCUCUAAAAGCUCUAUUUGAGUAAAACAGAUCCUAAAAAUCAAUAUGAAGUUUACUGUUUCUGUUUUUAUUUCUUCAAGUCACGCUUUUCCAUUGGUUGUUCUAUAAAGGCCUGAAGGAUGGGUUUCAUUACUAUUCUAUAUUUUUAUGCAUGCCUCUAUCUGCUUUAAUUUUA